GGUCAGUAUUAAUAGCGUAGCAUGCAGAUUCAACGGUCAGUUUUCCAACGAGUCACUAUAUCAAAAUACACGGCAAGGGUCAGACUUUCUGCACGUCUGAGAGGUCCAAUGCGCUUUAGCUGGAUUUUAACUCUCAUUCUGCUGUGGGGGCACUGCUAUGGAGCCGAAGCCCGGAGAUCCAAGAGGAGCAUUCGGGAGUUCGGCACCAUGAUCAAGCUGCUGACCGGAAGAAACGGACUUGACUUCAACGGAUACGGAAACUACUGUGGGAUGGGCGGACGCGGUAUUCCUUUAGACCCCAUAGACGAGUGCUGCAUGCAUCAUGACCGUUGUUAUGACCAGGUGAACAUGCAUGACUGUGUGAUGGAGCCUUCGUUCGUGCGGAUGAAGCCAUAUACAGCCCGUUAUAGAUGGUUUAUGGAGAAUGGCCAAUUCGAGUGUGUGGAUAUGGACAUAUGUAAAAGACGAUCGUGUAUGUGUGAUUCCAUGGCGGCUCGGUGUUUUGCCAGGAAUGUUGGUUUCUAUGAUGGCCGUAAAAGAACAAUAUUGGGGCGCAUGUUCAGUUCGCUACUUGGGUAAUCGAAGAAGCAUCGGACAUAUGGCAUGCGUGAACAUUAUAAAAAGAGAAGCAUUAACUGAACAUGGAGAAGACAGCACUAUAUCAUACAUAUAAUUGGCGGAAGUGGAAAAUUGUAUCGAGCAUGAGCAGUGUUGAAAAUACUUUGCGGUUUUUCCACUGUUUUUUUUUUUGCUUAAGCGACAAUUCUAUGCCGACACGGACAUGCAAAAUAUAGACUGGAAAAAAUUGUACGUUUAUAUUUCUGUUAAGAAUGAACACUAUCAAUAAUAAAUUCUUGAUACAGUUGAAUUUCGUCAUAUUGGAAAAAACAAAAGAAAUCUAUAAAAGGGCGUUAGGACGUAAUAAAUCUUAUAUGUAAUUAUGAAAAAAACAAAAACAAAAAACAAACAAAACAAAACAAAAACAAAACAAACAAGUAUUACAUAUUCCUAGUAUAUUUCAAAACAAUUGUGACAGUGAAUGAGUAAUCAUUUCAAGUGUUAUAUUUUUUGUCCAUUUUUCUGGUAGUAUUGAAUAUUACUUUAUGAAUUAUGAAAAAAUGUGAUCUGUUGCAUGAAGGUGUUUCAUUCCGACAAAAGACUAAUAAGAAAUGAUUAAAAAGAAGAAUAUGCUGUUGUUGUAUAUUUUAUAUACAGUACAUGUAAUACUAAAAGUUACACACUUAACAUUGUUAGGGCUUACCACCUUCCACAAGUUUGAGCUUCUCUUUUUAUCUUUAGAUAUAAAUGAAUAAACUAUUUAUUUAUCCUAGAUGUGCUCUAUCUAUAUUUGGUAUAUAAGUUUUAGUCUGAUAGGCGAUCAUUAUUAGAAGGUUGCUAUUAUUUUUCUCGUUGUGUUGAUUAGUCAUAAUUCUAUUCCGUGGGUGCCGGUAUAUGCUGUCUAUGGUGAAGGACCUGCUAGCUGUAGUCAUAUUCUACUACGGUGCUUGUUGGGCGAUUAUAAUCAGACUUUAAUGUCGUUUCAAUCUAACAUAAAGGUCUUACACAAUUACAUGUACAGAUACCAGACACCGCGUGGUAGUAUAACAGGCUCCACACUUACUCUUCAGAAUCUUAUGUGCAGAGAAAGGGCAAUAUACACACGUAAUUGUAAUCGGUUCUAUUUGAAUUACAUAUACACAAGACACUAAUCUGCUGUCUGUAUCUCGAAGGUAAUAAAGCUGAUGUAUAUCACCUUUGAUUAAUAAAAAAGCGUCACACCUGAA